AUGGGGGUCCGGGACUGGAGGGGAGGAGAUAAACGGGAAGGAGACCCGGAGAGGAGCCGCAGAGGAAAGGGUUCUGAGGGCCCCCGGGUGCCGACCAUGUCUGCUAAAGAGAAAAGAAACUUUGAAGAUAUGACAAAAGUGGACAAGGCCCAUUAUGAAAGAGAAAUGAAAACCUAUAUCCCUCCUAGAGGGGAAACAAAAAAGAAGUUCAAGGAUCCCGAUGCACCCAAGAGGCCUCCUUCGUCCUUUUUCUUGUUCUGGUCUGAGUAUCGCCCAAAAAUCAAAGGAGAACAUCCCGGCCUAUCCAUCGGUGACGUUGCAAAGAAGCUGGGAGAGAUGUGGAACAACACUGCUGCGGAUGACAAGCAGCCUGAGGAAAAGAAGGCUGCAAAGCUGGAGGAAAAAUACGAAAAGAAUAUUGCUUCCUACCGAGCUAAAGGAAAGCCUGAUGCAGUGAAAAAGGGAGUCGUCAAGGCUGAAAAAAGCAAGAAAAAGAAGGAAGAGGAGGAAGAUGAAGAUGAUGAGGAUGAUGGUGAAUAA